AUGGGUGCGUUGAGCCAACUGCGGCUUCUUCUCUGGAAGAACAUGCUCCAGCAGGUGCGGUCCCCGUGGUUCGCACUCUUCGAACUCGUCGUCCCACUCAUUCUCAUCGGCGCCAGUUUUGGACUCCUCAUCGGGGUGAGGAGCACCAUGGGGGGGGGGGGGGCUUGUAACUAAACAAAUGAACGAAAUGUUUCAGUUUUCUGGAAAAUUCGAGAAAACGUACAGCGAGCGAAAGUACGCGGCGUGGCCAGUUUCGGGAAGUGCGUACGACCUCCUAAUGCCCACGAAUCCCAACGAUUCGAUCAAAUCGGCUAUUGUCGAACCGUAUUUUCUUUUCAACUCCCAACUGACUUGUCAGUUUCUGAACACUUAUACGAUCGGAGUGAAUAAGUAUCAACUUGGUGCGUAUAAUAUACUUUAUAAAUAAAAUGCAUAACUACAUAUUUUCAGAUGUGGUACUGGCCUACGCGCCCACCAACAACGACACCACCGAUCAGAUUAUGGGAAUUGUAAAAGAUCGGUAUACGAUUGAGGACAUCCUCGCGCCACUCGGCUCUUUGGUCAAUUCCACGUACAAUAUCACGACUGUGCCGGUUAUGAAUACCAAUAUGACUAUCAAAGGUUUUUGUCGAUACUUUUGUGGAUUGAUGAAACUCUUUAUCCAUAUUUGUCAGGCUUCGCCACCGAAUCGGAGCUCGUCGCGUACAUGGUGGCCCAAUUCCAAAGUGAAUGCGAUAAUCCGUUACUCGCCGGAAUCGUUUUCGAUGAUUCGAUUGUGAAAGGACUCAAAACCGAAACCGACUUCAAAUAUACGAUUAGACUGUCGAAUACUCACAGGAGGUCGAGAAAUGUGAGUUGAAAAUACAAAUCGUUAUCCAUAAAUUCAUUUAUAAGCGCAAUAUCUCUGAUGAACACAAUUCUAUCUAUAAAUCAAUCCAAGAUAUUGUGGAUAAACUCAAAUGAAUCGAUAUUUUGCAGUCGUUCGGAGACGACGCCUAUCCGUGGGACACCUCGGUCGCUUUUGCGAUCCAAUACGUGAGUGGUCCCAUAAAUCCGGAUGACAGCGACGGAGGAUCGCCCGGAUACUGGCAGGAAGGAUUCAUGACCGUGCAGAGGGCCGUCGACGUGGCAAUCACUGAGAUAUUGUCCAAUGAGGGACCCUCUUUGUCGCCUCUUUUCGAUUCCUACUUUGUGAGUAUCAGUAUUGUGGAUCAACUAUAUGGAUAUUUUCAGAUCUCCCGCUUCCCGUUCCCUGGAUACUCGACCAAGAUCAUCGAAGUGGGCGCCUACUUCAUGCCGGUUAUCGUAAUUUUCUCGUUCAUGACCAGCGUCAUUUAUAUUGUCCGUUCGGUGGUCGUCGAAAAAGAGGACCGUCUGAAGGAGUACAUGCGGGUAAUGGGACUGUCUCAGUUCAUCAACUGGCUCGCACAUUUCAUCAUCAACUACGCAAAACUCACGUUCGCCGUCGUCAUCCUCACCGUUUUGCUCCAUUUUGUCGCGUUGAAGUGAGGAUGUCUGACAAAACUGUCACAACGCUCUUUUUUGUCCUCAGAUCCGACAUGUCGGUGAUGUUCGUGUUCCUGAUGGUCUACGCGUUCGACGUCGUCUACUUUGCCUUCCUAAUCUCGACGUUCAUGAACUCUGCCACCUCGGCCACACUCAUCUCCGUCGUUUUCUGGAUGCUCCUCUACUUCUGGUACGCCUUCUUCUCGUCGAUCGAUCAGAGUUCACCGUACUCGCUGGCGGUCCGACUCGUCAACUGUCUCAAUCCGGACAUUGCGCUCAACUACGGACUUCAGCUGCUCGCCGCCUACGAGACUCAGGCGCACGGACUCAAAUGGGCCGAGCUGUUCACUCCGCCGAGUAGGGACAACAAUCUGACAUUCGGACACGCACUCGGAGCAUUGCUCGUCGACGGACUCAUUAUGGUCAUUCUCACGUGGUACAUCGAAGCGGUCAUUCCGGGCGGCGACGGAGUUCCCCAGAAACCGUGGUUCUUUGUGUUGGUGAGCACCUUUUUAUCUGUUUAGAAAAACGUUUGCUGAUUUAUUGCCAGCCGUCCUACUGGUUCCCGUACUCUGGCUCCAAACAAGUGGCCGCUUCCGGCCAGUACGAAAAUGUUCAAUACGCGAAUCAUGUGAGAUUGGAAGGCGAUCCCGCUGAUCUGCGGCCGACUAUCAAUGUGGUCAACUUGACGAAAACCUACGGAACGUCGUUCUUCAAGAAACUGUUCGAUUGCAAAUUCGGAAAAAGCGGAGAGAAAAAGGUUGGUUCUAGUGAAGUUUCCUGCAAAAUCUUUCCUCUUCAAAUCCAAUUCCAGGCGGUCAGCGACUUGAACCUCAAAAUGUACCCGGGUCAGUGCACGGUCCUGCUCGGUCACAACGGCGCCGGCAAGUCGACGACCUUCUCGAUGCUGACCGGAGUGGCUUCUCCGUCCGCCGGCUCCGCCUACAUCAACAACUUUGACAUCCGCACUUCGCUUCCCUCGAUCCGCAGGGAAAUGGGUCUCUGCCCGCAGUACAACACACUUUUCGGAUUUAUGACCGUCCUCGAGCACUUGGAGUUCUUCUCGAAGCUCAAAGAACGGGAAUGGAGUGCCGACGAGGCCCGCGAGAUUUUGCAAAGACUUCGCAUUGAUUUUAAGGCCGACGCGCGGGCCGCAACUCUUUCGGGCGGCCAAAAACGAAAACUCUCGCUGGCGAUCGCGCUGAUCGGCGGCUCUGAAAUUGUGAUGCUCGACGAGCCGACGUCGGGAAUGGAUCCGGGAGCCCGGCACGAGACAUGGACCCUCAUUCAACGCGAAAAAGAACGACGCACCAUACUAUUGACGACGCAUUUCAUGGAAGAAGCGGAUUUGCUCGGCGAUCGCAUCGCUAUUAUGGCUCACGGACAACUCGAGUGCUGCGGGUCGCCAAUGUUUUUGAAGCAACAAUACGGAGACGGAUACCAUCUGACUAUUGUCUUUUCCACAAAUUCGAAUGUGACCGCGACGACGGACAUCAUUCGGGAAUACAUUCCCGAGGCCCACGUCUUCUCCUACAUUGGUCAGGAAGCCACGUACCUUUUGUCCGCUCGACAUCGCCCGAUUUUCGCGAGACUGUUCAGGGAACUGGAAAAUCAGCAGACAAGGUGUGGCAUUAGCAGUUUCGGAGUUUCGAUCACGACCAUGGAGGAGGUGUUUCUGAAGGUGGGACAUCUUGCCGAGGAACGAUACAAUCGCGAGCAUGGCAUUGAGGACGAGAGCCACGAACUCAUCGAUAAGGACGAUCCGCAGUUGCAGAGUGAGAGCUUUAUAUCAGAAACACUAGAAACUUUAUCAAAAAGCCGCCAAUAUCAUUCACUUUUCAGACCUAAAAGCGCCGAUCCGUCUGACGGGAGCGGCCCUCCAAAUGCAGCACGCGAAGGCAAUGUUCUACAAACGGGCCAUCUUCUUCUUCCGCAAAUGGACGCAAUUCCUGCCGCAACUCGUGUUCCCCGUCGCCUAUUUGAUGCUGAUGGUGUUCACUUCGCAAGUGAUUCCGUCUGUGAAAGAGCAGGACCCGCAGACGAUCUCUUUGGACGUUUUCUCGGGCACCGACAAGCCGGGACACUUGGUUUCCGACGCGGGCAGCUAUGGAGGACAGAAUUUGAGCAGGUUUGUUGGGAAUGUCAAUUAUAGAACUCUAAAAAGUUCAAUUACUUGGCAAUCGCUCGUUAAAAUCGAUAAUUAUGUUCCAGCAUGGUUCGAGACACGAUCACCGCCCUCGGAGUCAACGAAACUGUCGUGGAUGUCAACUCCGACGUCGACAAAUUCAUCAUGGACAAGACGAACGACGAGGGGUCGCGAACUUUCGGUCUCCACUACGCGCUUGCCUUCGCACCGUACGCCUUCAAGUUUAGCGAUCAAUUUUCGCCUAUUGACACUCUUAAAAGUGGGAUUUUGGAAAACGUUUGAAACUAUCAUCUGGCUUCUUUCAGCAAUGUUCAACAAUUUCGGACUCUACACGCCCGCGCUCGCCAUCACCUUCACCGAUUCGAUGAUUUUGUCGCAAAAAACGAGUAAGCAGUACACGUUCACCGCCGUCAAUCACCCACUUCCACCGUCGACGCAGGACACGUUGAAGACCACCAAUACCGGUGAUGCGGCCGCGUUUUUGAUCUCCUAUGGACUUAUUGGUAAGCGCGCUUUAGAAUAUAUAGGUGACGACUUUUGAAAAUAGAUUAAUGUUGUAUUUCAGUCGCGUUUGCCGUCAUUGUCGCCGGCUACUCUCAAUUCCUGAUCACGGAACGCAAAAAGAAGUCGAAGCACAUGCAACUGCUGUCGGGAAUCCGUCCGUGGAUGUUCUGGCUGACGGCGUUCGUCUGGGACGCCGUGUGGUUCGUCAUCCGAAUCGUGUGCUUCGACGCCAUCUUCUACAUCUUCGACAUCACCUCCUACACGCACGACUUCGGCGUCAUCCUCACCCUCACGCUGUCGAUGCUUUUGUACGGAUGGACGACGAUUCCGUUCACCUACUGGUUCCAGUUCUUUUUCACUUCCGCACCCAAAGGAUUCAUGAUGAUCACAAUGUAUCACAUUUUGACGGGAAUGAUCGGCUCGAUUGCGGUGCCGAUUAUCGCGCAGACUUCCAGUCAGGACGCCGGAUUUUUGUGGAGCAUCAUUUUCGCGUUCCUCUUCCCGACCUACAAUAUCUCACAAAUCGCCACUGUCGUCAGUUUCUUUUUUCUCGUUCAAAUUGUCAAUCGAUAGCAAAUGGCUAUGCGCAAAAUUCGCGAAAUUUCAGACGUACAGCAACGAGAACAUCCGAAUGGCGUGCAAGAAACUCGACUGCUCGGUGCCCGUGUUCAAAUCGGUUGUCGCGUGCUGCGGAACCUCUUCCGAACGUCUCUACGUCGACAACGUUCUGCUCGUCGGCAAUCGAAAAGGAAUCCUCGUUUUUGUCAUCUUCCUCGCCGUCCAGGGAUUCGUCUACUGGAUCUGUGUGUUUAUGCGCGAAGGCGGUCAGUUCUCGAAGAGGUUGUCGCUGCUGCUCAAGUGUUGCUGUUGCUACAAAACGGACGAGGACACGAUUUGGGACAUUGACGAGAACGAUAAGGCGGCGAUGAGGGAUGUGGAGGACUCGGAUGUGAUUGCCGAGAAGGCCGUCGUGCAGACAUUGGCGAAUAGUAGUCAGAUUGCGCUCGUCACCAAUAAUCUUGUCAAAUGGUCAGUUUUCUAGUGGGGCAGAUCAACACGAGUGGCUCAGAAAGUAGUCGAUUACACUAGAAUUUCUAGAUGACAGCGUCGCCCGAAACAACAAUAUUUUCAGGUACGGAAACUUUAACGCAGUGAAGGGCGUCAAUUUCCACGUAAACUCGAAAGACUGCUUCGGUCUUCUGGGAGUGAACGGCGCCGGAAAAACGUCGACAUUCCAAAUGCUGACCGGCGAAAACUCGAUCUCGUCGGGCGACGCCUACGUAAACGGAUGGAGUGUGAAGAACGACUGGCGGGAGGCGGGCGCCGCCGUCGGAUAUUGUCCCCAAUACGAUGCGGUCAUCAAGGAAAUGUCCGGCGAGGAGACGCUGUACAUGUUUGCGAGAAUUCGCGGAAUUCCCGAGAAGGAGAUUGCGGUUAAAGUGCAAGCAGUGAUCCACGCGAUCGGCAUCGGCAUGUACGCGAAACGCCAGAUCAAAACCUAUUCGGGCGGCAACAAACGACGUCUCUCGCUCGGAAUCGCUAUUGUCGGUCUGCCGGACGUGCUGCUCCUCGACGAGCCCACUUCCGGAGUGGAUCCGAAGGCCCGUCGCAUCAUCUGGAACAUUUUGAACCGCGUGCGCGACCUCGGCACCGCCCUCGUACUCACUUCGCACAGUAUGGACGAGUGCGAGGCGUUGUGCACCGAACUGGCGAUCAUGGUUUACGGUAGGCGUCGGGUUACGGUAGCUGUUAUCAUGAAAUGACAUUUCAGGAAAGUUCCGGUGUUACGGUAGUUGCCAACACAUCAAAAGUCGGUAUGGAAGUGGGUACACUUUGUUGGUCCGGCUCAAAAAUCGGGUGGAUGCCGAAAGGACUAAAGCGGUUGUUCGGGAGACGUUCCGAGGAAGUCAUCUUAAGGUGAGACACUUUUCAAAGAGGUCAAAAGUAGGUCACGACCUUAGAAAUCAGGCAAAGUCCUCAAAAAACUAGGUGACGUCUAGUUAAUUUUUCAAAGUCAUGUAUCUUGAUCAAUUUUCAAUAUUUUUUGACGAUUAAAAAAUUGAUUGAAAGACAAUUUCGAGCUCUACAACUUUGGUGCAGAUAAUUGUUCACCGUCACGCUUCUGCGCCGAGAUAAUUGCGUUUUACUUGAGGAGGAGCACAUUCUCCAACUGAACUACGACAUUCCACGUGGCGGAGACUCGUGGUCGCGUCUCUUCGAAAAGUUGGAAUCGGUGUCGACGUCGUUGAACUGGGACGACUACUCGCUUUCGCAAACCACUCUGGAACAAGUUUUCAUCGAAUUCUCGCGAGAUGCCGGCGCCGGAGCAUCGACGCCCACGCACGAAGAGCAGCAUUCGGUGAGCUCACGCGGAAAGCGAGCAUUCGAUAAUCGGGCACUGACAAUCGAGAGUGACACCGAAAGUGCCAUGUACUUUUGA